ACCCUGGGCUGGAGAGCUGGGCAGAGCCUCCGAGGACAAUGAAGGGGCUCACGUGCUUUCUCCUCUGCUUUCUUCUUUCGGAAGCGCAGGGCUUCGAAAUCCCCACCAAUGGACUUUCAGAAUUUGCAGAAUAUGGAGAUCUUGCGGAACUGGCCCUGGGCAAAUUUCACGUUGUGCCAGGAAACCGGAGGUCUCAGGAAGGUGUGGAUCAAGUCACUCUUUACAGCUAUAAAGUUCAGUCUACUAUUACGUCUCGAAUGGCCAACACCGUCAUCCAGACCAAAGUGGUGAACCACUCCCCAGAGCCUCAGGAUGUUGUGUUUGAUAUUCAGAUCCCCAAAGGAGCCUUCAUCUCCAACUUCUCCAUGACUGUGGACGGCACCAAGUUUACCAGUUCCAUUAAGGAGAAAACUGUGGGCCGCGCCCUCUACUGGCAGGCGAGAGCAAAAGGCAAAACAGCUGGACUGGUGAGGAGCCGAGCUCUCGAUAUGGAGAACUUCAAAACCGAAGUGAACAUCGCCCCUGGAGCCAAGGUGCAGUUUGAACUUCAUUACCAGGAAGUGAAGUGGAGGAACCUGGGGUCCUAUGAGCACAGGAUCCACCUGCAGCCGGGACGACUGGCCAAGCACCUGGAGGUAGAUGUGCAGAUUAUUGAACCUCAGGGAUUAAGAUUUCUCCAUGUUCUGGACACAUUCGACGGGCAUUUCGAUGGAGUUCCAGUCGUCGUUAAAGGACAGCAGAAGGCACACGUGGCCUUCAAGCCCACAGUGGCACAGCAGAGAAAAUGCCCCAGCUGCUCUGAGACGGCCGUGGACGGAGAGCUGGUGGUGAUGUAUGAUGUGAACAGAGAGCAGAAAGCCGGUGAACUGCAGCUCUUCAAUGGAUAUUUUGUCCACUUCUUUGCUCCUGAAAGCAUGGACCCAAUUCCCAAAAACAUCCUCUUUGUCAUUGACGUUAGCGGCUCAAUGUGGGGGAUAAAAAUGAAACAGACAGUGGAAGCCAUGAAGACCAUUCUGGAUGACCUCCGGGCUGAGGACCAGUUCUCGUUGGUUGAUUUCAACCACAACAUUCGAACCUGGAGAAACGAUUUAGUCUCCGCUACCAAAACCCAGGUUGCAGACGCCAAGACCUACAUUGAGAAGAUCCAGCCCAGUGGAGGCACGAAUAUCAACGAGGCACUCCUGCGGGCCAUCUUCAUCCUGAACGAAGCCAAUAACUUGGGGCUGCUGGACCCCAACUCAGUCUCUCUGAUCAUUUUGGUGUCUGACGGCGAUCCAACAGUAGGUGAACUGCAAUUGUCAAAAAUUCAGAAAAACGUGAAGCAGAACAUACAAGACAACGUCUCCUUGUUCAGUCUGGGGAUAGGAUUCGACGUUGACUAUGAUUUUUUGAAAAGACUGUCCAAUGACAACCGCGGCAUGGCCCAAAGGAUUUAUGGAAACCAGGACACGGCUUCCCAGCUCAAGAAAUUCUACAACCAGGUCUCUACCCCCUUGCUCCGGAAUGUUCAGUUCAACUACCCCCAAGCGUCAGUCACGGAUGUCACUCAGAACAGCUUCCCUAACUAUUUUGGAGGCUCGGAGAUUGUGGUGGCCGGAAAGUUCAACCCUGAGAAGUUGGAACAGCUACAGGGCAUCAUCACGGCGACUUCGGCCAACGUGGAGCUCGUCUUGGAGACCCUGGCUGAAAUGGACGGCUUGGAGGCUUUCCUCGCCAAAGACAGGCACGCAGACCCGGAUUUCACCAAGAAACUGUGGGCCUAUCUGACCAUCAACCAACUUCUGGAUGAACGGAGCCGGGCUCCCAGCGCUGCCGUUAAAAAGAAGAUCACGAAGAGCAUCCUGCAGAUGUCGCUGGACCAUCACAUAGUGACGCCGCUCACGGCCAUGGUGGUGGAGAACGAGGCGGGCGACGAGCGCAUGCUGGCCGACGCGCCGCCCCAGGACCAGUCUUGCUGCUCAGGUACCCUGAAUUACGGCAGAAAAGUUACUCCAAAUUCACUCCCAUCUUGGGUCAACCCCUUACCAACGCCGAGGGUGCCGCUGCCCGCGGUAGGACCUUCAGUGAUCGAGGCAACGCCUCCUCCACACGUGAUGAGAGUCGAAAAUGACCCGCACUUCAUCAUAUACCUACCCAAAAGCCAACAGAAUAUUUGUUUCAAUAUUGACUCAGAACCUGGAAAAAUCCUCAACCUUGUUUCUGAUCCAGAAUCAGGGAUUGUGAUCAAUGGACAGCUCAUCAGUGCCAAGAAACUCAAGGACGGGAAACUAAGCACCUAUUUUGGAAAAAUAGGGUUUUAUUUCCAACACGAAGACGUGAAAGUCGAAAUCAGCACCGAGACCAUCUCCCUGAGCCGGGGCUCCCGAGUUUCCGUCUUGUCCUGGUCCGACUCAGCUCGCGUCCUUAAUCAGAGGGUUCACAUCUCGGUGAAGAAAGAGAAAACGGUGACUGUGACUCUGGACCAAGAGGUGUCCUUCUCCGUCUUGCUUCAUCGCGUUUGGAAGAAGCAUCCGAUCAAUGUCGACUUUUUGGGGAUCUACAUCCCCCCCACGACCAAGUUUUCUCCGGCACACGGGCUGAUAGGCCAGUUCAUGCAUGAGCCGGAGAUACGCAUUUUCAACGAGCGACCAGGAAAGGACCUGGAGAAGCCAGAGGCCAGCAUGGAAAAGGGACAGACGCUGGUUGUCACCAGGGGCCUGCAGAAGGACUACCGGACAGACGGAGUGUUUGGGACAGAUGUGCCUUGCUGGUUUGUGCACAACAGCGGGAAAGGCUUCAUCGAUGGACAUUACAAGGAUUACUUGGUGCCUCUGCUCUACAGCUUUCUCAAGCGGCCUUAAACAUUCCUAAGUGGCACGGGGGAGUUCCCUGGUGGCUUAGCAGGUUAAGGAUCCAGCGCUGUCACUGCUGUGGCUUGGGUUCGAUCCCUGGUCUGGGAUGCAGGCAAAAAAAAAAGUUUAUAAUUUGGGAAAUUCUGUGUAUAAAUAUACCUUUUUUUCCCUGU